AUGCAGUCUAAAGCAGAAGAUUGUAAUGCUGAUAAUCUUACGUUUAAAGUUCUCGGAGAAUUUGGAAAAUGGCAAUUUUGGAUAAGUAUUUAUAUGGCUUUGUUAAAACUGCCACUCGCAUGGUAUCAAUUAAAUAUUAUAUUUAUGGCUCCACCUCAAAAUUUCUGGUGUGCAAAGCCAGCCAUAUUUACAAUUUGUUCAGAAGAACAAUGGCGACAAAUAUGUUCCCCAAAAAAUCAGGAGCAUCCUUGUUUAAUUUUCGAUCCAGAAAUUCUUCUAAUCGAACUAAAUAUAGAUAGACCUUUUAUACCUUUGGUCCCGUGUCAAAAAUUUAUUUAUGAUAAAAGUGUCUUUAACCGAACUAUUACAUCAGAUUGGAAUUUAGUAUGUUCAAGGCAUUGGCUGAUACACUUUACUCAAUGUAUUAUGAUGUGGGGCGUUUUACUGGGUGGUAUUGUGUUUGGCGUAAUAGCUGAUAAAUAUGGUCGAAAAUAUCCCCUCAUGAUUGGAAUUACAAUUCAGUGCCUCUUGAGUUUUAUCUGUAGUGUAACAACAUCCUAUUGGUGCUUCUUGAUUAUUUGGUGUGGGUUAGCCAUCGCUUCUGGCGGUAUAGGAAUUAUAUCAUUUGUGAUAAGUAUGGAGGUAGUUGGUGGCAAGUGGAGAACGAUAAUGCCUAUCGUGUACCAGUUACCAUUUGGUUUCGGAAAUACAAUAAUGGCUGGCUUAGCUUUUUGGCUCCGAGACUGGAGAAAGCUGGAGUUUGCGUUAGCAACCCUUUCGUCAAUUUAUUUGCUCUAUUGGCAUUUAGUACCCGAAUCACCAAGAUGGCUUUUAGCUACUGGACAGAAUAAAAAAGCCUUAAAUGUGUUAGAAAAGGCAGCUAUACAAAACAACAGAGAAGAGUACUAUGAAGCUGGUUUAAAAUCAUUGACGAGAUGUAAAACGCGUAUCCGAAACGACCCUGGGUUUAUAGAAUUUUUUAAAUCAAGAAAUAUGAGAUUAAAAACUUUACUUCUAUCACUAAAUUGGUUCUUUACCGGAUUAGCAUUUUAUACAUUCUCCCAAUAUCUUGGUCUAAUUGGUGAGAAUAUUUUCUUAACAGUCGCAUUGAGCGGAAUCAUUUUUGUUGCUGGUGGAAUAACAUGCAUAUUUAUAAUUACCAAAGUUGGACGAAAAAUAACAAUAUGGAUAUAUCAAAUAAUUACAGCAUUUUGCUUUAUUUUUAUAUUGAUAAUUCCGAAAAAUCGUUUUAAAAACGAUUGGCCAAGAUUGCUAUCUGCUGGAUCAGGCUUUGCAGGUUUAGCAGGGACUGUACCAGCUUUAUACUUAUACACAGGAGAAUUAUUUCCAACAGUAGGUCGCAACGCUGGUGUUGCGGGAGUCACUACUUUUGCUCGCAUUGCAUCUAUGGUAGCUCCAGCUGUUGUUAGCUUAGAUGACAUAAGACCCGAUCUUCCACUGUAUCUACUAGCAAUAGUAUCAUUUGCCCAAUUAAUUUUAAUUAUUCCACUGCCGGAAACAAAAGAUAGACCUCUUCCAGAUACUUUAGAGCAAGCGGAGCAAUUCAAUAAAAGUUAAAAACCGAUUUAAAGUUGAUGUUUAAUUCUAUAAUUAUUUUUAUGUAUUGUAUCAGGUAAAUAAAAAACAACAUUGAU